CACAAGGCCGUGGAAUUCUUGGGUCUCAGGCUGUUUCUGGAGGGUCUGGGAGCCCUGGAUUUCCAUCUCCAUGGGGCCGCAGGCCCGCGCAUGCAUGAGCACCUAGGGCGCCCACCAUGGCGGAAGGCAGUGAGCUGAUGAGCAGGCUCAUGAGCGAGAACGCGGACCUCAAGAAGCAGGUGCGGCUGCUGAAGGAGAACCAGAUGCUCAAGAGGCUGCUGAGUGAGAGCUGCCAGGACACCUGUGGCCGUGGCGGCCGUGACCUCCUCUUCCCCAAAACCAACACCUACCCUGAAGCCUGCUCACCCGGGAGCGGAGUACCUGAGUUUGGCAGAUUCUCUGGCAUGCCUGAGGCGCCCACCCAGCUGCAGACGGCAUCUCUCGAGGACCUGCUGUGCUCGCAUGCACCUCUCUCCAGCGAGGACGACGCCUCCCCGGGCUGUGUUGCCACCUCCCAGACGCCCUUUAAGGCCUUCCUGAGCCCCUUGGAUCUGCGCACUCAUCCAGCCACUGACCGCAAGCUGUCCCCACUGUUGAGCCCCUCGCAGGACCCGCUGGUGGACAAGACCCUGCUAGAGUCCCGGGACAUGACGCGGCCCAAGAAGGUGUGCUUCUCAGAGAGCAGCCUGCCCACGGGAGAUCGCUCCAGGCGGAGCUACUACCUGAAUGAGAUCCAGAGCUUCGCAGGCGCGGAGAAGGACGGCCGCAUUGUCGGGGAGAUCGCCUUCCAGCUGGAUCGUCGCAUCCUGGCCUAUGUUUUCCCGGGAGUGACACGGCUCUAUGGCUUCACGGUGUCCAACAUCCCAGAGAAGAUAAAGCAGACCUCUGUCAAGUCGCUGGAUGGCUCGGUAGACCAGAAGAAGCUGCGCGAGCUGACACAGCGCUACCUGACGCUGACGGCGCGGCUGGAGCGGCUGGGCUACAACCGCGAGGUGCACCCGGUGUUCAGCGAGUUCCUCAUCAACACUUACGGCAUCCUCAAGCAGCGGCCCGACCUGCGCGCCAACCCGCUGCACAGCAGCCCCGCCGCACUCCGCAAGCUGCUCAUCGACGUGGUGCCGCCCAAGUUCCUGGGCGACUCGCUGCUGCUGCUCAACUGCCUGUGCGAGCUCUCCAAGGCUGACAGCAAGCCGCUCUUCGCCUGGUGAGCCCGUGCUGCCCGCUCCGCCCGCUCCUGGGGCCACCACGCCCCUG